CCCAGCAAGGCUACACAGAAGUCCCCCUCAACUGAGGCAAUGGAGGGGGGCCCAGCCAUCUGCUGCCAGGACCCUCGGGCAGAACUAGUAGAACGGGUGGCAGCCAUUGACGUGGCCCACUUGGAAGAUGCAGAUGAUGGCCCAGAGCCUGCUAGGAAUGGCGUGGACCCUCCGCCACGGGCCAGAGCUGCCUCUGUGAUCCCUGGCAGUGCUUCAAGACCCCUCCCAGCCCGGCCCAGCCUCUCAGCUAGGAAGUUCUCCCUGCAGGAGCGGCCAGCAGGAAGCUGCCUGGAGGCCCAGGCUGGGCCUUAUGCCACGGGCCCCCCCAGCCACAUCUCCCCACGGGCCUGGCGGAGGCCCACCAUUGAGUCCCACCGUGUGGCCAUCUCGGACGCAGAGGACUGUGUGCAGCUGAACCAGUACAAGCUACAGAGUGAGAUUGGCAAGGGUGCCUACGGCGUGGUGAGGCUGGCCUACAACGAAAGUGAAGACAGACAUUAUGCAAUGAAAGUUCUUUCCAAAAAGAAGUUAUUGAAGCAGUAUGGCUUUCCACGUCGCCCUCCGCCACGAGGGUCCCAGGCUGCUCAGGGAGGACCAGCCAAGCAGCUGCUGCCCCUGGAGCGGGUGUACCAGGAAAUUGCCAUUCUGAAGAAGCUGGACCACGUGAAUGUGGUCAAACUGAUUGAGGUCCUGGAUGACCCAGCUGAGGACAACCUCUAUUUGGUGUUUGACCUCCUGAGAAAGGGGCCCGUCAUGGAAGUGCCCUGUGACAAGCCCUUCCCCGAGGAGCAAGCUCGCCUCUACCUGCGGGAUAUCAUCCUGGGCCUGGAGUACUUGCACUUCCAGAAGAUUGUUCAUAGGGACAUCAAGCCGUCCAACCUGCUCCUGGGGGAUGAUGGGCAUGUGAAGAUCGCCGACUUCGGUGUCAGCAACCAGUUUGAAGGGAACGACGCUCGGCUGUCCAGCACAGCUGGGACCCCAGCAUUCAUGGCCCCUGAGGCCAUUUCUGAUUCCGGCCAGAGCUUCAGUGGGAAGGCCUUGGAUGUGUGGGCCACUGGGGUCACACUGUACUGCUUUGUCUAUGGGAAGUGCCCGUUCAUCGAUGAUUACAUCCUGGCCCUGCACAGGAAGAUCAAGAAUGAGGUCGUGGUGUUUCCCGAGGAGCCCAGGGUCAGUGAGGAGCUCAAGGACCUCAUCCUGAAGAUGCUAGACAAGAAUCCUGAAAAGAGAAUCGGGGUGCCAGACAUCAAGCUGCACCCUUGGAUGACCAAGAAUGGGGAGGAGCCCCUUCCCUCAGAGGAGGAGCACUGCAGCAUGGUAGAGGUGACUGAGGAGGAGGUGAAGAACUCAGUCAGGCUCAUUCCCAGCUGGACCACGGUGAUCCUGGUGAAGUCCAUGUUGAGAAAGCGUUCCUUUGGGAACCCAUUUGAGCCCCAAGCGCGGAGGGAAGUGCGAUCCAUGUCUGCUCCGGGAAACUUACUGAUGAAAGAAGGGUAUAGCGAAGGGGGCAAGAGUCCAGAGCUCCCUGGCGUCCAGGAAGACGAGGCUGCAUCCUGAGCCCCUGCAUGCGCCCAGGGCCGCCCGGCAGCACACUCAUCCCGCGCCUCCAGAGGCCCACCGCCCUCAUGCAACAGCCGCCCCUGCGGGCAGGGGGCUAGGGACUACGGCCCCUCUCCCGGCCCCCCUCCCCCGUCGUGCUGCAUGACCUCUACGCACGCACGUCCAGGGACAGGAUUGGAAUGUGUAUCAUUUGGGGUUUGGGGACAGGGCUCUCGUGAGGACUUCCUCCUCUUCUUGGCUGUCCUGGCCUGACCCAUUCUGUGGGGAAGCCAGGUGGCCAUGGAGCCUCAGAGACCCCACCCAGCUGGUCAGAAAGGCCCAGGGCAGGAGUCAGGAAACCAAGAUGGCAGGUGGAGGCCUGGCUUACUGCAACUGAAGAAACCUCCUGCUGGGGACCGGGCCGGACUGGCUCAGCUGCCACACGCACAUGGAAGGGGGUGCCCUGCCCACUUUGGGGUGGUGGUACCAGAGCUCUUGUCUAUUUAGACAUUGGUAUAGAGGCUCUGAUCCCUCUUACUGGGGAGAGAGUCGGUACUGGAGAAUUCAGAAUCUUUUUUUUUUUGUUCUUUUACUUUCGUUUUUAACCUGGGGGGUGGGGGGAGAGGCCCUGCUUGGGAACAUCUCAUGAGCUUUCCUACAGCUUUGGGUGGUUUCUAGCACACCCCACCCUUAUUUGGCAGCCAAAUGAACUAGACUGACCUUCUUGGAUUGUGUUUUGCAUUCGGCACCAUCUGGAAGAUGGGCUGAACUGAAUCAAGCUCUGAGCAAACGCCUGAGCCAGGAGCAUCACACCUUCCCUGCCCAUCUCCCUCCCUCUCUCCCUCCAUGAUGCCCCAGAGCUGAGGCUACAGAAGAGACACCAGGGGCCGGCAUCAACUGAGGACCAUGGACUCAUAGGGCUGUGGCCUUGCACAUGCUGAAACAACUGGAAUGCAAUCUCUGAUCCUACAUUGGCCUAACCAUCUGGCCCUGGAAGCUGGCCUCACGAUCCUACUGUGAAGGACAGACUGCCUAGGUUGGAGACGUCACUAGACACAGAACCCUGGAGGGGUGUGCACACUGGGAGGUGGCCUCUUUGCCAACUGCCUUACCCCCAGGACAGUCAGCAGUCAGCCUGUUCAGAGCAGGUGUGCAGGAUCGAGUGUUUGGACAUGGCUCUUCCGAAGUAGGCUUCAUCUUCUCUCUGGGAUCAGUGUCUGUCUGGCUGGCUGGCUUGGUGUUAGCUUACUAAAUGCUCGCAGAGGUUGACCUCCAAAGGGAAAUAAUACAGGACUUGGGUGCCACCCCUGGAAACGUGGGUAGACAAGGGAUUUCAGCCACAAGCGUGGGUUUCAUAUUGCAGGAGGGCUUGUUUGGAGGAGGAGAUGGAGGUUGGGGUGGAGGAGGACCCGCAUCCUGCCGCAUCUCUGUGCCUGUGGGUGUACGUCGCGCCUCCACACAUACACGCACAUACGUGCCCAUCUGCUGCACACAGCACACUCGCAUGACUUGCACCAGUACAUGCAUCUGUAAUAUAGUUUCUAAGUCUGUUUAAGGCUAGGAACAGAAUAUGGCCCAUUGUCAAUGGGUCCACAUUUCUCCCCAGCUCUUCUGCCCUAAGGCAGUGUGGCUCAGGGCUUAAAAAAUAAUUCGGUACUGUUUGUAAGAACACUUUUAUGGAGUUAACGGAAGGUGAGUUAAAAGCAUGGUUUUCUUGAGCAUCUCUGUGAGAAUCUGGUUUCAGGGGGAUAUAUCGAUUGGACCUGUCCUUGGAAAGCUUGUGGUGGGGGGAGCCAGCCUCAUUGCCCAUGUCAGAGGCCAGAGGGGAUGCUCACCCCGUUUUAGUUGGCAUCAUUGUUUUUGAAUGUAGCACAAGUGAUGAACAGACUCCAUAAGAGUGUUUUAAAGAUUAACUUCCCAGGAAGUGAGUUAAAAAACAAUAAAAGCCCUUUGAGUUUAAAAAAAAAAAAAAAAAAAA